AUGGCAAGUAAUCCAGAAUUUCGCCGAGUUGUAAAUUAUACAGAUCUUGAAGCAUUACUUGAAUGUCCCUUGUGUCUCGAUCGAUUUGAUCAACCUCGAUUGAUCCCAUGUGGUCAUACUUAUUGUACGAAAUGUCUAAAUGAGCUAUGUGCAGGUAGCGAUACUGUUAUUUGUCCACAGUGUCGACAACAACAUGAUGUACCUGUCACAGGUGUGACUUUAUUUCCUCGAAAUUUAUCAUAUCAACAAUUACUUGAUAUUAGAACAGAACAAUUAGUUUCUACACGACAAUGUCAGGUUUGUAAUAAGAAACAUGCUUUUUCUGAUUGUCUGCAUUGCCAUAAAGCUGUAUGUCUUGAUUGUAAACAAUUACAUCGAGAAGAAUUAGCAACACUAACUGAUGUUCUUCUUGAUGAUCUAGCAAAAUCUAGUGAUCUAUGCAAAGAUGCACUCAAUAUGGAAGUAACGACAUUUCUUAUGCAUUGUGAUACAAUUAAAAAGCAAAUCUCAACAUAUGCAAAAGAAUCCAUUGAUUUAGUCAAGCAGCAAGAAAAACAAUUAAAAAAUGAUCUAAAUCAAAUGAUUGCACAACAAUUAGACGCAUCAAAAAAAGUGUUAACACAAUUUGAAAAAAAUAAAGAAGAAAUUGAUCAUUUUGUUCGAUCAUCAAAACAAAAAAUUGAAAAAAAUGGACCGAUUCUUGAUGAAAAAUAUAUUGAAAUUCAAAAUAUUGCAACGAAGCAUCUAACAACUCUACAGAAUGUUGUUACUGGUUUAAAAAAUAAACGAAAAGAUAUUUCUUUUACACCAACUCGUUGUCGACCAGAUCACCUUGGUGAUUUAAAUCUAAUCACACCAACAUUUUCAUCAGAUCAGUAUGUUUCAUUACCAACAACAAUCGAUGAUAAUACUAAUCGACAACAAUUAUUACCUCCAUCAGGAGUUCGUCAAGUUGGACAAUGGGGAAAUGGUCCUUUAGAAUUCUGGUGUCCAAGUGGUUUGGCAAUAACAAGAAAUAAUGAACAUCUUAUUGUUGUUGACAGUUGGAAUCAUCGAUUACAGAUGUUAACAAUCGAUGGUACGCAUAUUCGUUCGACCGUUGGUACAAAAGGACGUGGAUUUGAAGAACUAAAUAAUCCCCGUGAUGUAUGUAUAGAUGCCAGUAAUCAGUCGAUAAUAUUGUCCGAUUCCGGUAAUCAUCGAUUAGUUGUAUAUGAUAUAAAUAAUUUUCAAGUUCAGCGUACAAUCGGUGGAAAUGAUUCAGAAAUAAAUUUACAUUUUCCUUUUGGAAUCUGUUGUGAUGACGAUAAUCUUUUAUAUGUGUGUGAUCGUGGAAAUAAUCGAAUUGUUGUUAUACGUUUUAAUGAUGGAGCACUAGUUAGUCAAUGGGGACGAAAAGGAACUCAAAAAGGUGAAUUCGACGCACCGGAUUUUAUUUGUUGUCGACAAAAUAUAUUAGCUGUGUCAGAUUUUAAUAAUCAUCGUAUACAAGUGUUUUCAUUAAAUGGACAAUUUCUUUUUACAUUUGGAAAAUUAGGAAGUGGCGAUUCAGGAGAAUUUCGAUAUCCAAGAGGAGUUGCAAUUGAUGAUGAAGGAUUUUUUAUGGUCGCUGAUUGGGUAAAUAAUCGUUUACAAUUAUUUACACCUAAUGGAGAACUUUCAGCGAUUGUUAGUGAUAAGAAUUCAGACUCAUCUAAUGAUGAACUUGCUCUGUUAAAAGUUGAAUUCGAUCGUCCAAUUGGUUUAGCCGUUUCAAGUCAGGGCGUUGUCUUUGUAACUGAAUGGGGUCGAUCACAUCGAAUUAUUAUUUAUUGA